AUGCCGUCAACCGAAUCGUCCCUCACCAAUGGAAGUUUUAACCAGAGCACUAGGGUUGCGACUUCACUAUCCGCGACAGACUCUGCCUAUAGCACAUACAUCAAUAUUCUUCCGACCCAGAGUCUCGACAACUUCACCCUCGCCGAGGCUUCGAGCCAAGCAGCAGACGAUGGAGGCUUCUGUCCGCUUUGUAGUGAACAACGGCAUGACAAUGGCAGGGUCUGCGACGGUAGACAGACCUUCAAAGCGAUAAUAGGGGUCAUGUUCGGUUUGGGUAGUUCUGCCACUCUGACUCCGGCAGUUCGCAACUUCAUCUCCUCCCAUGUCACCUUGAUCAACCCGGUUUCCCGGCCGCCAAACUUCCAGGUCUGGUUACUGAUGAUGCCGUUGAUUGCUCUGCGCAGACUUUGCCAACAAGCUCAUCUACACCUUCUGCUUGUCGUGCAAAUAAGGCGAAGCAGGACCUCAUAUGUAGGUUGGGGAUUCAGAACGGUUCAGGGUAUGAAGGAUGCGGUCAACCCCGGGGGACUCGGCGGCGUAUUGUCGGAAACAGAACGAAACAGCGUUGUUCAAAUCCUAGCCACGCUCGUAGGACGGUUACGGAAACUUUUGCGUCAGCCUGAGUUCGAUUGUAUCGCUAGAUCUUUAUGCGAGGCUGAUGCACAUCCAGAUGCUGGAUAUCAAUAUCGACUUCGUCCUUGA